UAAUGCGAAAUCAGUACCGAUAUCGAUCUUCAAUUACAAACAUUAAACGCGACCUAAUCGAACAUAUUAGGAAAACCGAAAAAAGUAAAUAAAAUGCGUUCCAUAAUUUGUCUUGUCUUCGUUGUCUGGGUGACAUUGGCAGCCGGCAAGGAUCAUCUGUCCGUGAAACAUACAGCCGAUUUAGGUCUAAUUAAUUUUAUAUCGCGUUCUAAUGAUUUGUUGAAACAAAAUCCCACACGUUCGCUGUCCUGUUUUGAUUGCUUCAUCCCCUUGCUAUCCGAACUGACCGAAGAGUUUGAGGCGAAAAAUAAAGGAUGUUCUACAGCAGCUGCGGCAGCUCGUGCAGCCUUAGAGGAGGCAGCUACCGAUGAUUUGAGAGAUUUAUCGGAACGAUCGAAUAAUGUGUGUGCCCCUGUUGUCCAGUGUAGGCAAGAUGAGGGAGCCAAGAAUGUCUUCCAAUGCUAUGUGGAUGAGAGUGCACAUGGUAGCAAAUCUCUGCAAACUAUUGCCAAUGAUGCCACGUUGAAAUUGGCUGAGUUGGAGGAGAAUUUGCGUCGUGUCGAAAGCAAUGAAAAAUCGUGUGUCCUCGUUAACCAAGUGGAAUACGAAGAGAACGCCAAUAAUGCAUAUGCCGAGUUUUUGGAUUGUUUGGACGGAGUUAACAACAAUAUUUGCACAUCAACUACACAAGCACCAACCGAUGCUCCGACUGAUGCACCAACUGAUGCACCAACGGAUGCGCCAACGGAUGCCCCUACGGACGCUCCAACAGACGCACCUACCGAUGCACCAACAGAUGCUCCUACCGAUGCACCAACCGAUACACCAACUGAUGCACCAACAGAUGCACCCUCAGAUGCCCCUACGGACGCUCCAACAGACGCACCUACUGAUGCACCAACGGAUGCACCAACCGAUGCACCCACUGAUGCACCAACGGAUGCACCUACCGAUGCACCUACCGAUGCUCCAACCGAUGCACCAACAGAUGCACCUACCGAUGCUCCAACAGACGCUCCAACUGAUGCACCCACAGAUGCCCCUACGGACGCUCCAACAGACGCACCUACCGAUGCACCAACAGAUGCUCCUACCGAUGUACCCACUGAUGCACCUACCGAUGCACCAACAGAUACGCCAACUGAUGCACCAACGGACGCCCCCACGGACGCUCCAACCGACGCCCCAACAAAUGCCCCUACCGACGCCCCCUCUGAUAAGCCAGAUGGUUCCGACGAAGAUCACUCUUCCGGUGAUGGCAGUGAAGAAAACUCUUCGGGCAGUGGUAGCGGCAGUGAAUCAGAAGAGAGUUCCGAGAGCGAAUCCAAUGAAAGCUCUUCCGGUGAUAGUGAGAGUGAAUCGAAUGAAGAAAAAAUGCCCGAAGAGGAUAUAUCACUACGUCAUCCACGAUUCCGUAAGAUUCGUGUGUAAGAAUGUUAAAGUGGGAUUUCAAGUUUGGAGGAAUGCCUAGUUUAAUUGACAAUUUUUGGUCUUAUAACGAAGAUGGGAAAGAAAAAAUAAUUAAAAUA